UCAAAUGUACGAGUUCUUCUAGUACGUACUUACGUAAUUCUACAUGGAACUCGUAGCUUGUUUGGUGUUUUCGGUCCAUCUUCAAUUUCGUACUCUUAUCCAGCCAGAUCAUUUUAAUUGAGUAGUCCAGAAACCAAACGCCAUGAAGUAUCUACUAGUUGCGGUUGUCACCUUGGCCCUGGUUGCCACAGAAAUCCUCGGUUUAACUACUCAAUCAUCGAAGAACGUUCCAAUCUUGCAAAAUGAAAUUGACUCUCAGGCUGCGGGAUCCUCUCGAAGAGCAUUCUUUCGCGAAUCUCUUUCCUCUGCCGCUGUACCCUUAUUGAUUUCUGGGCUAACAGGAGCGUCCACUUUAGCCGGAUCUCCUCUUGUUGUCAGUGCUGAUGAUACCGUGGAUCCUUCACCAAAACGCACGAAAGUUUUGGUUUUGGGUGGUUCUGGAUUCGUUGGUAGCCGCGUUGUAGAGAAGUUGAAGAGCCAAGGUGUAGAAGUUAUCUCGACCUCAACGAAUGGUCGAGGGGGAACCAUUGCAUUCGAUGCCACCAAAGACGGAAUCAAUGUCGUCAGUGAAAUCGAAGCACUCUCCAAGGGAUGCACAGCAGUUAUCUCGUGCAUUGGAUCAAUUGGAACGAAAAAUGACAACAUCGUCAAUUCGGCAACAGGUUUGGCUGCGCAGGGAGCGAAAAGUGCUGGUGUUGAGCGAUUCGUAUACAUCGCUGUUGCGCCUGAAGUCAAAGAAUUUGCGGAAGGAAUUGAUUUUCUCAAAGAAUACAUGAAAGGAAAAACAUUCUCACAAAAUGCCGUGGAGUCCAACUUUCCUAAUGGUAGCCACGUCUUGAUCGAGCCGUAAGUCGAGCCAGAAGUUGGAACAAAAAUGCAAUGAAGUGGCUCUAAGACCAGUUCAAAUCUCUCACAUCAUCCCUAUUGUUUCCCUUGCUAUAAAAAAAUCUCUUAAUUUGCAGAACUUUCAUUUAUGGUGGGGAUUCAUUUUCUGUAAAUCCUCCAAGGGUCGCAGGUUUCUAUGGAGAAUUCAUCGAAUCUCUUUUGUCUUCUGGUCCCAUUCGAGGUAUCACAGGUGUUUCUUCGGGUUUCCUAAAAAUUGCUUUGGAGCCUCCUAUUUCUGUAGAUGCGGUUUCUGCAGCAGCAGUCAACGCUGCAACAGGAAAACUCAGCAGCGAGGUUCUAGACACAUACGACAAAAUCAAAGAUGCCUCUCAGGUUUAAAUUUGUCUUGAUCUGCUAGAGAAUGAUGCCUAAAAAAUUGGAAGAUUUUUUUCUCAACAACAUUUAUUGGUAUGUUUUCUUCGUCCCAACUUUUUUUCUUUCUGAUUGAUGAAGUUGCAGCUUGACUCAUGCAGCGCAGAGUUUAAGGUUGAAUUUAAAAAGUUUAUGAAAAAUAAUAACUAUGGAAUGCUAUCAGUGCACAUUACACCAAAAAAUACAAACAUAUUUUUAAA